AUGGAAGAGGAUAAGUUAACUCAUAAAGAAAACAGGAAGGAUAUGGAAGAAUAUACAAAUGAAGGAAAUGGGAAUAUGAACAGCAUUUCUUCAAAUAUAAAGGAGGAAGAGAAAGCUACGUUGAAGGAUGAUAUUAUAAAAUUUUGUGAGGAUAAUUUAAAUAAUGAAAAAGAAAACAAUAUAAAUAAAAAUAUGGAAGAAUAUGUAGAAAAAGAUUGUUGUCAUAUAAAUAACAGACAAUAUAAUAAUAUAGAAAAUAAUCAAUGUUGUGAAGAAAAAGACCUGAACAAGUCAGAAGAAAAAAACGAGAUACAGGAAAAUUGUUAUAAUAAUAAUAAUAAUAAUAAUAAUAAUGAAUAUGAGGAAUUUAUAGAUAUGUGGAUAAACUUAAGUUAUACAUCAGUAGAUAAUAUAAAUAUAUGUGAAAAGGUAGAUGACUUAAAUAUAAAUCAAAAGGAGAAAGAAAAGGAUAAAUCAAAAAUAGAAAAAUUUCGAAGGAGGCAAUUAAUUAAUGAGGAUCCGAAAGAAGAAAAUGAUGAUAUGGGGACAAGUGAAGAGGUGGAUAUAAAAGAAGAUGAUAGCAAUAGUUCAAGUAUGGAAGAUGUUAUAAUAAGUAAUGAAGGUGAAGCAACUAUUGAAAGAGAAGGACAAAGAAACAUUUCAAGUGAUUGUAGUACACAACAAUGUUUGGAUAUAUAUAUGAGGGAUGAUCCAAAGUUAUGUCAGGUUAAAGAAGUGAAUAAAGAUGAUAAAGAAAGUAUAAAGAAAAAAAAAAAUAAUAAAAAUAAAGAUAAAAAUGAUGAUAAAAAUGAUAAUAAAAAAUAUAAACAAAAUAAACAAAAUAAACAAAAUAAACAGAAAAGAGAACAAAAUAUGAAAGCCUUAUUAUACUUAAAUUCUUUAGAUAAAUCAUUUAUCCAGGUUCCCCUUAAUUGUAUAUUAAACACCUUUCGAAAUAUUCAAAAAGAGAUUGAAAAGAAUUUUAUGAUUAUCACAUUAUUUAUAGAAAAGAAAUUAAAAGAUUUAAGGCAUGAUGUAAGUAUAGAAAAAUUAAAUACCAUGUUAGAAAAAUUACAAGCCUUAAAAAACAAAGUAAAUGAAUCAAAUUUUUUAUUAAAUAAAUAUAUAAGAAGAUUAGUAAGUCGUUUAAAAUAUAUAUAUUUUGAAGGAGAUAUACAAGUUCAAAAUUUAAAAUACGAUUUUCGCUUUCAGAAUUAUGAGAAAAGAAUUAAUUGGUUAAUCAAUGAAUAUUUAUGUAGAUAUGGUUAUUUCGAUACAGUGUCUAUAUUUUGUAAAAGAUAUAAUCUAGAAGAUUAUUCAGAUAAAGAUGUAUAUAAAGAAUAUAUAUAUAUAAUUAAUGAAUUAAUGAAAUAUAAUACACAACCCGCAUUAGAUUAUUGUCAAAAAUAUAAAUCACAGCUAAAAAAAAUAGAUUCAAAUAUUGAAUCUGAAUUACAUUUACAAUAUGUAAUUCAUUUAAUAUUUGAUAACAAGUAUUUAGAAGCUAUCGAAUAUAUUCAAAAAACUAUUUCACAGCCACAUGGAUGUUUAGCAUCAGAUUUAAAAUUUCUAAUUACACAUAUAGCACUUCAUAAUAAAAAUAAAAAAAAAUUAAAAAAAUUUAAUGAUAAUAGAUGGAAAAGAGUUAUCAACUUAUUCAAAAAAGUAUAUUCGGAUAUAUCUGGACUCACCACAAAUCCUUUACUUGAACUUUUAAUAAAAGCGGGUAUUUCGGUAAUAAAAACAGAUCAUUGUGGAACCAAAACAUCUACAAAAUGUCCCACAUGUAUAAAAGAAUUAAAAAAUAUAAUAAACAAGUUACCAAAUAUACAAAAAACGAAAAGUUUCUUGGUCUGUCCAUAUACAAAUGAAGUUAUGGAUGAACAUAAUCCUCCUUUCACCACACCAACAGGAUAUGUUUUUUCUGAAAAAGCUAUUUCUUUGUUCUUGAAAUCUGAAGAAACAUUCGAGUGUCCCAUAACUAAUGAGAAGUAUCGUAUGGAUGAAUUUUCUCGUCUCUUCAUAUGA